GAACAUUUGAUUUUUGUGAGUUGACGAAACAACAACAACUCUUUCAAUUUAAAUCUCUUCAAAUUCUCUUGAGUUUAUCUUCAAUUUUUUCGUCUAAUUUGCUAACAAGUUUUUUUUUCUUCUUUUCUCUUUUUUCGUGUUCAUUGUUAAUCGAAUUUUCUCAAUUAUAAAAUUAUUUCGUUCUAUUGAUUUGUUGAGAAGAUUAGAUUUUUAUUCUCAAUCAUCAUUAAAUUAUAAUAUAUUUAUACUAUUAUAAUUAUAUUUUUUCGCAUUUUGCUUCUUGAUUUGCUUCAUCAUUUCUCCUCAACGAUUCUCAGUAUGGUUAACCCUAAGGAUAAGGAAGAGGAUAAAGGUAAAAGUAGUAGUGUUCCCAAUUCUGUUGUAAAAAGAGUUAAUGACAAUGUUGACUCAAGAGUUCAUCGGCAUCGACGAAGUGAAUGGAAACGCCGUUGGAGACCAUAUAGUGGCCGUCGUUUCAGCCGUUCAUUUGGUAAAAAUAGUCGUCUCGAUGAUUUGGAAAGUAGAAAAGCUAAAUGGUUAAAUCUUCGAAUGCAUGUUCUAGGUCAACCUUUGGCUCCAUAUAAUACAACACAGUUCCUAAUGGAUGAUCAUCAUGUAAGAGAACCUGAAUUUGGACAAAUUGAUCGACUUCUUCAAGUUAAUGCUACAGUUGCUGCUGUUGCUGUAGUGUCAGUUUCACCUUCGAAUACAACAUCAACAAAUACUACUUCAGUUUCCACAACCAACCCUCUCAUCAUUAACAACAACAAUAGUUUAAAUAACAACAACAACAACAACAAUUACAAUCGAGAGAACAAUAAUUUUGACGGUAAUCAGUCAACUACAAAUGAAACCAAAUCUCCUCAUUAUGGUGGAAAUGGAGGUGGACAUCGACGUCGAUGUAUGAGUGAUUCAACACCAUCUCGUAAGAAUUCAGAAGAUGCUUCUUCAGAUGAUUUUUAUAGUUCACCUGACGAUGAACAAGAUUUUAUCCAGAGACAGUUUUUUGAAACUUAUGAAAAUAUUCACGCUGAAAGGAUAAGCACAAUGUCUAAAGCCGAAUUGGUGAAAGAGUAUUUUUUAUUAGAGCAACGGUGUGAAGAAUUGGAAUCAAAGCUGAAACAAAUGGAAUACAGUGUUGGCCUGAAAACAUGAAUUCGCCAUGAAACAUCUCAAUCUCUUCCCAAACUUAAAUUUCCUCUCAAAUUGUAUUCAACUGUAAAAACAGAUCCACAAUGUUAUUAAAUCACACACAUACACACACUCACUCACACAAACAAACACACACACUCACACUCGCAGUGAUUAACAACACACAUUCAAAGUGAUAAGUGUUUGCAAAGUGUUGUCACCUUAACUCUCUCUCUCUCUCUGUUAGAGGUAAGUGGUCAAGUAUGUCUUGUGUGGUGAAAAAGAAACCAAAUCAUCAACAUCCACAUAAAAAAAUUCAUCAAAUCAAAUUUAAUUGUACAAAUCGAUGAAAAAAAGAGACCUCAGUGAAACAAUGAAAAUUUAUUCGUAAAAUUUAAUUGUUUUGUUUUUUCUUCUUUUUUUUUGAUAAGUUUUGUUAUAAUCAAAAAAAAAACCUAAAUUCUAAAUAAUAAUUAUAAUAAAAGUGUAGUGAUUAAGACUUGAA